AUGAACAUUCACCAACAGCAAGGUAACAUGGGGUCUUGGCGUGACGGGUUUGCUGCUGACAGACACAAGGUGGUUCAAAUCUUGACGCAAACAUUGAAGGAUACACAGCCUGCCAACUAUGAUGCAAACAAGGCGGCACAAUUGGCACAGGAAUUCGAAAAUUUUACCUUCCAGAAGUCCCAAAGUAGGGACGACUAUAUGAUCAGCAUUAAGAGCAAGAUAGGCCAAUUCAAGGCCAGUGUGAAUAGGAAUGGAAUGCAACAGCAGCAACAGCAGCAGCAACAGCAACAACAAAACACCGGUCUUCGUCAGCCACAACAGCAGCAGCAGCCUAAUGUAAAUGCACCACAGCAACAGCAGGGCAAUAUGAACGUGCAGAAUAUGAAUUUCUUGCAACGUCAAGCUCAAGCUAGGCAACAAUCAGCAGCUCAAAUCCAAGCUCAGCUUAGGAACAAGAACCAGCAGCAGCAACAGCCACCAACUCAACAGCCACAGCAAAAUCAAUUCCAGCAAUCAAUCCAGCAACAACAGCAGCCAACACAACAAUUACCACCUGGCGGAGCCAAACCAGCUCAACCGCAACUUAACCAGCAGCAAUUGAUUAGAAUUGGUAAUCAGCUUAGAAAUGCCCCAAUCCCUCAGGCCUUACUCUCCAAAAUUCCUAAUCUUCCACCAAAUGUCAAUACGUUGAGCCAAAUUAUUGAAUGCAUCCAGAAUGGUAUCAUUCCAAGCUCUGUAACUCAGCUUGUUAAAGACAUUCAUAACACUCAUGUUCAAUUGGUCGUUCGUCAACAGCAGCAGCAACAGCAGCAACAGCAGCAAAAUGUUAACCUGAUGCAAGCAAAUCUGCAGCAGAUGCAACAACAAGGAUUGAAUCCUCAAGCUCCUGUGAACAAUGCAAACAUCACGUCAGCUUUGAACAAUCCAAACUUGACCGCACAGCAAAAGCAGCAAUAUCAGAGGCAAUUGCAACAACAACAGCAACAACAGCAGCAGCAACAACAGCAGCAACAGAGAGCUCCAUCAGUGGUUAAUGGAGGACCUCAACAGCAGCAGCAAUUUCCUCAAUCUCAAAUUCCUCCAGGACAGCAAAUGAGAAACCAACAACAGCCAGCGCCCCAAAUGUUGCCUCAGGGUCAAAACCAGGUUCAAGGUCAAAUUCAACCUCAAGGUGGACAAGCGCAAGGACAAUCUAACCUUGCAAAUGGACCGAAUUUGAAAAUUACGCCUCAAGAUAUGAUGAAGUACAGUCCAGAUGCUUUAAGUAUGUUGACUAAACUUCAAGAGAGAGGAGAAAUCACUCGUAAUUUGAAUAUGAAUCAGAAGGAAGAGUUUAUUAAGAAGUAUAUCGUGCAUCAUAAGAAUCUUCUUUGGAAGCAACAAAAUGAACUAGCUGCCAAUAGAAACACAAUUAAUGGAGCAAAUAAUAUCGGUGGUACGGCUCCACAACAGCAGUUGCAGCCACAACACCAACAACAAACAAGUCAAGCUAUGCUUAAUCAGUCUGCAAUGUUAAAUCAGAACAUUCCCUUACAACAGCAAGCGCAACAGCAACAGCAGCAGCAAAUGCAACCGAAGAUUAAUCAAUCUAUGGCUCAAUUUAACAACAAUACCUCUCCUGUUUUACCCUUUAAUGGAUUAAACCAAUCAAUGCAGCCUCGAGUGCCAAUGCCUUCUCAAAAUCCUAAUCCUAACCCAAAUUCAAACCAAAGCCAAAACCCUAACCAGAAUCAACACUUGCAACAGCAGCCAAUUCCACAAAAUAGAAACAACUUUCAACAACAACAACAGCAGCAGCAACAACAACAACAAAACCGUGCACCAUUGAAUAAUCAGCCAGGGGGUCAACAAGGAAAUCAACCAGGGGGCCAACCUGGAGGAGCACAAGCGAGACCACAGGCAGUCUUGCCUGUCGUAACUGAUGAUGUGAAGUUGAAAUUGAAGCAGCUUGUUGAAAGUGUAUCAAGACAUCAUGUUGCUUUAAAAGAUGAAACCUUAACACUCUCAAUUAAUGAGAAGAAAAUAGUUCGUGAUAGCAUUAUGGCAAUUUCACAGCAGUACGCCAGUGUUGAUAGUAUCAUAACAUAUUUUUAUGUGACUACUAGAAAUGCUGAUGGAACUACGAAAUUGAUUCAAAUGAAAUAUAUGACGAAAAACAUCAUCGAAAGUUUACAAAGAGGAAUCUAUUUGGCUACACCUGAUUUAUUAGAUAAACUUAGAGCACAAUAUCAAAAAUACUUUGAAUAUGUGAAGGAUCAAAUAAGUAACAGAAGGCAACAAAUGCAGCAAGUCCAGCAACAACAGCUGCAACAGAUGUCAUCUGUAAAUCCACCUCUUGCUCCUACUCAGCCUCAGCCACUGCAGCAGUUUAACAAUAUUCAACAACAGAGGGCCAACGCAAUGCAAAGAGGAGGGCAAAUACCUCCUCAACAACCACAGGGAAAUCAAAACUGGAAUAAUGCACCUGGAAUUGCUGGUCAACAGCAACAACAAAUGCAAAAGAACCAGCAACCUCCCAUGCAUAGUAGCCCUAUGAUGCCAAAUGGAGUAUCUCCAUUGAUUUCUAAUGCCAAUCUUGCUAUUCAACAACCAAUGAUUGGGAAUAAUAACAAUAAAGUGUCACCUCAGAAACAGAAUGCCAGAAUGCCUCAAGGAAAUCUUAUCAAUAACAGUAAUAUUAAUAACAAUAAUUUGAAGAAGAACAAUGUGGUUCCUCCUGCUGCUAGAAGAAAAUCGAGCAAAGGAACCUCAGCGGCUGGGGGAAUGCCUACCCCUGUUGGUGGCAAUGCCACUACACCUGGCACAUUGGCAAAUUCUAUCAAAACACCAAAUAGUAUAUCUACUCCUAUGAUACCUCCACAAUCUCAAGGUAGCAAUAAGAACACCCCAAUCGAGUCACCUAACUAUCAUAAUAAGAAUCCUUCGGUCUCUUCCGUUAGCUCAACGAAACAACUGAACUCUAACAAUGCACUUACCCAGCAACAGCAACAACAGUUGAUACAGGAUAAAGUGUUUGAAGAUUCCCUUGUAGAAAGCCCAGAGGUGAAUGCUAAAUUAUUAGCAAGGAAGAAGUUAGCAUCAUCAGAUAGCGAGAAAUUCUUCUUCGCCUCAUUGGCCAAUAUGUUGGACCUUGAAGAAGGUACUGGGGAAAACAAGAUUGGAAACUAUAAUGGAAGUAGUGGAGGAAAGAGUCUUCCAACUCCUCAAUCAAUGUACAAUGGAAAGAUUGGAUCUGCAAUGUCUCCCUUAUCACCAAUUAGCCUGCCGCUGACCAACUCUAGCUCUGGACUUGGGUUUGGAUUUGCGUUAGCACUGGGAAAUAGCCUGCUUCUGGGACAAUCUACGGGAUGGACUUGUGAAGUAAAGCCAGAGGCAAUCACCUCCACAUUCAACCAGAUCGAAAGCAUUAAGGAUUUAACCAGCUCGGAUAUUAUUCAGACAUGCUAUAGAAUUGGAGAGAUUGAAAAGAGAGAAAGAGAACAACAGCAAAUCAAGCAAGAGAGUGAGAACAGUUUGAAACACCCAAGAGAUGAUAAUAAUGACUUUGAUGACUUGUUCAUGGAAGAAAAGAAACCAAAAUUUGAUUUUGAAGAUAUUAGCGAAAGAUUUUUGUACCAACAUAAUGAAUUUGAAGAUUGGAAGGAUUUUGUUAUAGCCAACGAAGAUUGA